AUGAACCUCCUGGCACUGUCUCUCCAGGUUCCACCUCGUUCCACCUGCCAUCCCCCUCUCCACGACGUUAUGUCACGCCGCACCCCUCACCAAGUACUUGGUGUCCCAGACUAUGCCACCAAAGACGAGAUCAAGCAUGCGUACAGAGCGCAGGUUUUACAUUGGCAUCCAGACCGCCUUCACGACGACAAGCAUCUCGCCAAUAGGUGCUUUGCCGAGGUUAACCAGGCUUACAAGACCUUAACCCGCACGAUGGACCUGGAAUCUAAUUUCGAAGAGCCAUUGGUCAUGAACCCUGGAAAGGACGGUCAGAAAUCUACCCGUAUGCAGCGCCGCCAUUCCUCUUCAAGUUCAAGUUCGUCAUUUUCCUAUGAUUCGGAGGACGAUUCCUCGGACAGUCGACUCUCCCUCUCUACGCCGUCCUCAAGCUUCAAGGACUCUCCCACAACCUGCUCUUGGCCCUCGACUCCUUUCACCCCGUCUCCUUAUCGUCCGGAGCAUAAAGCACCGUCCUCGACCUACGAAAGCUGGAGAGCUGGUCCGGAUUUACCAGAAGCGUUCAAGCACAAAGCCUACAUCCCCCCUUCACAUCUGUCACAUUCCAAGCCGGGCAUGACAGCAUUCCCAAAGCCACCACGGCGUCCUCCGACACCAGCGCACCCCGGUGCUCCCAGUUCGCCGCACACUUCAAUACAAAGGCAUGCCAGCGAUCUCAGUGGUGGUACCUAA